GCGCAGCUCAGGGCGAGCCCAGCCCCCUCUCCUCCGCUCCGUGGCCACGUGUGCCCAGGUGAUCGCAUCUAGCCAUAUCACCACAUCUACUGCACAUCAAGACGCGCUCUUACACUUCCAGGCCACCGUCGAUUCGGCGAUGGCGUGCCAGCUGCUCUUCCUGACGGCACCUCGGAGGGCACCAGCUAGACGCGCCCACCCCGAUGCCUGGCCAGGCCUCCGCGCUCGCCUUCGUGGUGGCCGCCGAGCUGCACCUCGUCCAGGCGUCCGUGCACGGGUCGGACGGCGAUGAGGGUACCACGGGAACUACGGUUUGGACGUUACUGGCUCGGCAAACGUACCCGUAUUUCUUCAGCAGUGGGGAGUGGUCGAAAAACGCCGGAGAUCCUGGACAUGACAAUUAUGCGAUUUUGGAUCAACUGGAAACUUUUCGCAGCGGCGACGGGAAGUUCACGUUCAAAUUGAGCUGGCCAGGUUCUGGAUUGCAGGACCAAGUUUGGAAGCAAUCGCUCAACCCAGUUACUUCACCAGGGCAGCAGUCAACCAGUCCUGUUGCAGGCUAUGAGGCGGUGUCUGUUCCUUACACAUCCGUGAAUUGGGGAGGGUUGGAAGGAUCGCAGGACGCGCUCUUGGACGGGAGCGUGGCCUCCUUCCUUUGGUUUUACGCAGUUGGUGCUUUCCGUGAGUGGGGCGGUGCCUAUCCCGGCCCCUGGACUGCCGUGCAUCAAAUCGAGCUCUACGUGGCAACGGCACCGACCCCGGCACCGACGCCAGUGCCUUCGCCAGCGCCGACGCCCGCACCAUCGGCUUCGCCAACGCCAGCACCGACGCCCGCGACCUCCUCACCGACGCCUGCACCUACGCAGGUCUGUACGCCUGCAGCGACUGCUGCUGCAGUCGGGGAUCCCCACCGAGUGUGGGUCUGGUGGUCGUUUCGGCGCCCUUCUUCGGAAACUGGAAACAAAAGCGGAGCCAUAACCAGAGCCAGGAUCAAAGGCGUCUUGGGGCACAAAGAAGAAGGAAAUUGGAACCGGAAUCAGAACCAGAAGCGUAACCACGAUGACUGGGAAUGCUUCCAGAUAUGCUUAUACACAUCGCUGUUAGUACUUUACCGAUUCGUGUCGAGAUGAUGGUGGGUUUCUUGACUUAAUUCGAGCCUCAUAUGAGCUUGAGAGCCCUU